GAAUAGUGAAUUAUCGAUUUUAAUUAUUGGAGUCAGCCCCUCUGAUUGGAAACAGUAAAGGCUGACUAAAACAAAAAAUUUGCUAUUCAACAUUCAUAAAACUAAGUAUAAAAGAACUUUAGCUUUUACAUCUGGGUUAGUGUAAGACAAAACAUUCUGUAGAUAACAUGGAUUUGAGCAUAUGUGUGAUCCUUAGAGUAUUAAAAAAAUGUUUGGGUACAAAUAUAAAUUCCAGAGAGUAUUUCAGACUUUGUGUGUCCAAGUGACGGGUCUGAACAGCAAGAGAGGACUCAGGUAAUAUCUCGAUGGUGGAUGAAACCAACAGAAAAUUUCACUGGGGCACAUGUAUGAUCUGAAGAAAGGGUGGAGUUGGAAAACAGGAUGGCAGGGGAGGGCAGAGGGACCCAGAGGACCCAGGAGGGGCAGCAGGAUCUGCUGGGCUGGUGGGGGGAGGGGCUGUGCCAUAUCCUCCUCCUCUUGUCCCCUCCCCACCCUCAGAAGCCCUCUGUGACUGCCCGUGCUCUGUGAUGCAGGCCUGGGACCGCAUAUGUGGCAGCCCGGCACCCUCAGCUCUCAGUUGCUGCGGCAGCCCUGCUCUUCAGCCAUGGAGAACAUUCUGUAUUUACUGAACAGCGACGCGGACCUAUGGCAGAGCUUACGCGACACGGACCUAUGGCAGAGCUUACGCUCGGCUGCUUUGAAUUUAGACCCCCAGUUCACUUUUCUCAGUGGUUUGGGGCUACUAUUCCUCUACCUAACGUACCUGGUGGUAGACUCCUUUUUAUCAACCACCUGGGACAUUCAUGACAACCCAGAGCCUCGGGACAGAGGGGAGAUAAAAAGGCAAGGCGGGAUGCGGAGAGGUAGGAGGAGAAUUAGCCAGAGGGAAGCAGAGGAGGAAAGGAGGAUGCUUACCAUCCUCACCAGCUCCUUUGGUGAGGAUGACGACAUAAUGAGUUUUCGUCGAGCUCUAUGUCCGGACCCCUUCUGCGGCAUGUGUAUUAGGGCAACUAGUGACAUCAUGAACGUGCUGUUCCAGGGGACCCUGGAAGAUCCUGCUCCAUCCAGGUCACGUUCGGAGUCUGAAGUUUCCCCGACAGCAUCGUCCUACAGUUUGUCCUCUAGCCCCUCGGCAAGCCCUCCCCGUCCGGGAGAACUGACACCUGCUUCUGUGCUCGAGCCUUCUCCACCUGCCGCCUCCAUUCUCUUACCUGCCCUGGUGACCCCCUUACCUGCGUCCCUUUCUCCCACCCUCACCACUGGGUGACUCUGCCCCAGAGCCUCACCAGUCCCCACCCCAGCGCUUGCCUUUCCCUCUGCCACCACCUCAGAGCCCCCCGGGACCCCUCCAACUCCACGACUCCCUUCUGUGAACUGCUACAAAGAGCCCUGGCAGUCUCCUUCGAGCCAGUUGCUCUCACUGGGCAGAAGCUGUGUGUGUCCAUGGCUUCCUGAUUCAGUAAAUUGUUAAGUAUCCUUUGCUUA